GAGGAGAGGCACAGACGAGAGGAGAGACAAGAAGCCGUGAAGGAGGAGAAGGAACAGGAGGAGGCGGACACUCUGAAGGAAGAAGAAGAGGAGGAGGAGGAGGAGGAGGAGGAGGACGGGCCGAAGAUCACAUGGGGACAGAGCGCAGACACAGACCCCGAUAUGGUGUACUUUGACCACGAUAAUCUGACUAAUCUGACGGUCAUUGUGGGUCACCGCGCUGCCCUUCCCUGCAGAGUACUCAACCUCAAUAACAAAGACGGCCAGCAGGUGUCGUGGAUCAGACAGCGGGACCUGCACAUCCUGACGGUGGGCAUCUACACCUACACUGCAGACGACAGGUUCAAGGUGGUACACGCGACGGAGAGUGACGAGUGGACCCUUCAGAUCAACCCCGUGGCCUUUAGGGAUGCCGGCGUGUACGAGUGUCAGGUCUCAAGCAGCCCUAAGAUAUCCCUGCCUAUCAGCCUCAGCGUGGAAGCACAGAAGGCACGCAUUGAGGGGCCCUCCGAGGUGUACAUCCAGAACGGGUCCACGAUUCGUCUCACCUGCAUUGUCAAUACUCAUUACGACAACGUGGGGGUCGUCAGCUGGUUCAGAGACACCCACAGACUUGACUAUGACUCCCCAAGGGGCGGGGUGAGCAUUGAGAUCGAGAAGACGCCCACACACACCACCUCCAAGCUCUUCAUCACACCUGCGCUACGAGGAGACUCCGGAAACUACACAUGUGGGCCACAAUGCGCCGCGCCUGCCUCCGUCCUCGUGCUGGUGGUGAACGGGGAAGAAUCCGCUGCGGUACACAAGGCAGGGUCGUCAGCGGCCCGGCCUGACCCAAGGGUGGUGUGUUGCUGCCCCCUCAUGCUGCUGCUGCUGCUGCUGCUGUCCCUCCCCCUGCAGCAGUGCGCCCGGUGACCCCGCCCUAUGGUGCACGAGUCAAGCCCAGGUAGCAGGAAGAAGAAGAGGAGGAGGAUUCUCUUACUCUAGCCCUUCCUCUCCUCCUCCUCCUCCUUGUUUAUUCCCUUCUUUCUCCUUCCCUCUCUUUCCCCUCUUCCUCCUCCUCCUCUUCCUCAUCUUUUUGCCUCGUAUUUCUGCCGCAUAACACCGUCACCACAAGAACAACGAUCAUGACAAGAGCCUCUUCUUCCUCCUCCUCUUCCUCUUCCUUCAUUAUUACGACAACCUCCACCAACACCGCCGCCGCCACCACAGGGAUUAAGAAGUGUUGUUCUGGUGCUCUUGUCUCCUCACCAGUAUUAUCUCCACCUCCUCCUCCUCCUCCUCCACCACUUUCCUCCACUUCUCCUCCAUCACAGUCGCCGUCGUUAUCUCCGCCACAGUUGCCACACACACACACACACACACACACACACACACACACACACACACAC